AGCGCUCGUAAGCACGCCUUGGAAGGGUGGCAAUUUAAAAAACAACUCAAAAUUCAAUAGUUGGCUGAACUGACAGUAGUGUUAAGAAAAUUCCAAAGUCAAAUUUUUCAGUAGUUGUUUGGUUCUAAGAUGGAGACCGCGAAAACUAUUGCAAUAUUCCUAGUGUUGAUGUUUUGCUGGCAAGCCGAGGGAUGGGUGGGUAUAAUUAAAUCGAGUCCUGGAUCUAAAACGGGCGGCUGUUACACGAAAGAGUACAAUUUGGGAAAUAUGCUAAGUGGUGAAACGAGACCUAUCCCAGGCAUUUGUGCGGAAGCGACGUGCCAAGGAGGACAGGGAUAUAUCGAUGUGACCGGAUGCUCUGUGGUGGCGGCCGAUCCCCCGUGUCACGUAGUCGAGGGCGACCUCUCAAAACCGUUUCCCCACUGUUGUUCUGACGUGAAAUGUGACAGAGAAAAUGAGAUUGUAUAAUUUAAUUGUAAAAAAGUUAAAUUUCUGUAACUGAAUCAUUCGAACACUGUUGGUUGCAAUAAAAACUACAAUUAAAGUGGA